AUGAACACUAGUACUGUCCAAAUCCAAGAGACUAGUACUAUCCAAAUCGAAGAUACUACUGCUAUCCAAAUCCAAGAGACAGUGAGGAAUACGAGGGAGCGGCUGGAGGCCGAUUUCUCCAAGCUUGGAACCAAGAUUCAUAGGUUCCCCCGAGGCCUACGGGGAGUCAACGAACGCUACAUCAUCCCGAGCUUCGUGUCCCUCGGCCCAUACCACCAUGGCUCACCGCACCUGCAAGAGACGGAGGAGUUGAAGCACGCGGCCGCCCACUACUUGUGCGAGAAGUCGGGUCGCUCCGUUGAGGAAGUCUAUGGCAAGAUCCUCUCCAUUGUCAGUGAAGCCCGCAGCUGCUACGCCGAUGAUGCAGUGGCGAAGUUCACGGAUGAUGAAUUUGCGGUAAUGAUGUUCCUCGAUGGUUGCUAUCUGUUGCACUAUAUAAAAAUGGAUCAACAAUGUGCUUUAUUGCUUAAUCGGAUGACCAUGUCCACGGGGCCUUGCAUGCUAAGGGAUAUCUUUCUGCUCGAGAAUCAGCUCCCUUGGUUGGUCCUCGAGGCACUUAUGGAAUUUUGGACACCAUUUCAUAUGUACAAUUUUCUUGUUGAUAUGGCGGUAUUCUUCAAUAUCACCCCACAAUAUUCAUCAACUUUAGAUUCAAACACAAGGGUUUCUAUGGAUGAAUUCAAGAGGUACAAGCCGCCACAUCUCCUUGGGUUGCUCCGACACUACCAGAUUGGCAAUAUGCCUAACGAAGAUUGUAGAGACAAUCUCACAUGCCACUCAUCAGGUAGCAGUGCCAUUGAGCUUGCGGAAAUCGGCAUCAAACUGACCGCCAGCAACAAGACAUGGUUCGCAGACAUGAGCAUCCAGAGAGACCGUUGCAUCUUCGGUCAGCUCUCCCUGACGCCAUUGUUUGUAAAUGACUGCACUGCUUGUUGGCUCGUCAACAUGGCAGCUUACGAGGCGUGUGUGUCCGCCACACAUCCAUCAGAUGGCUUCGUCAUCAGCUCAUACAUCUCCCUCCUGGCAAUGCUCAUGGACAAGGAAGAGGACGUGCACGAGCUGCGAGCCAAGCACCUCGUUCGCAGCUUCUUCAGCAACCAUGAGCUGCCUGUUUUCUUCAAGGACCUUGCUCGCCACAUGCGCCUCGGCUACCGCUACUUCGUCAUUACGGAGAAGAUUGAGAUGUUCAAGCGUGAAAGGCCUGUGAGUAUCACCGUGCAUAGGUUUGUCUACAACAACUUCAGGACCAUCGUUGCCGUGCUUUCUGUUGUUAGUGUGCUCGUGGGUAUCUUUAGAACCUUGCUGAGUCUCAAGCAGCAUCAGCCGUAG